GGAGACAGUGUGGGACUGAACAAGAGCACAGUGAUGAACACAGACAGGCUGAGAGAGGCGGAGAGACAAACAAAGGGAAGGUGGCAGAGUGGGGGGCAGAGAGAAAGAAAUACAGAAAUAAAGGAGAGGAGAAAAGAGAAGCAAAGCAGUUCAAGGAAAGAGAAAGGGAGUGAUGUGAAGAAAGAGAAGAGUCUCAUUCAGAGACAGCAGGGCUGGAUAAAUGGGAAUCAUCCCUGUUAGCCAAUGAGUUUAAAGAGUGAAGCAGAUGUCAUUAGACUGAGAAGUACCACCUCCAGGAGCUCCAGCAUCCCUUCAGAGAAGAGUGCAAUGAGAGCUGUGCCUUCACAUCGGCAGCUGGCUUAUACUCACCGAGUACUUCUUCAUGGUCACGACAGCAGACUGACGUUGCACCGCUUCAGUAGUUUUGGAAUCGUCCCUGGAGGAAUUUCAUUCAGUGACUACUUGACCUAACAAUUGCCACUGGGUUAUCUCUGGCUGCUGUCGGGAUGAUUUGACCGGCACAUCUUUCAAGUGAUGAUCUUCCAGAGGGGAGUCACAGAGGAUUAGCUGCUGGAUGAGGCAUCUGGAGAAAGACAAGUCUCUGUUUAUCUGCAAAGAGUGUCAGUUAUCUUAUCAGAAAGGCUGCCAUAAGGAAGUGGGAAUCUGCACAUUUUGCAGUCAGUACAAGGGAUGACUGUCUGUCUUCCAAUUCAGGAGUAAGAAAGGGACGGAAGUCAAUGGUCUGGACUAUGCUUCUAAAUGAUGACUCGGGAGCAGGUGCCUGUAAAUGGCUGGUUUGGAAGUAUCUUCUCCUCUCCAUGUUCCUUGUGGCAACACUGACCAAGGCAGACCUAGAAGAUCCAAAGGAUAAAUACUACACAUGGAAAACAGGUCAGUGGGGCAGAUGCAUGGGCGAAGACUGCGGGCCUGGAGGAGUGCAGACAAGAACUGUGUGGUGUGUGCACUCAGAGGGCUGGACAACGCACCACUCCAACUGCAGACACACGGAGAAGCCGGAAAGCCAGAGGGAAUGUUUCAAAGUCUGUGAAUGGCACCAAGAACUCUUUGAGUGGGAAGUGACCGAGUGGGGCCCAUGUGUCUUGGUUCCUUAUUUUUCUAAUGAACUGAAAGUAAGGACCUCAGAGUGUGUCACUGCACAGCACGGAAUACAGCAAAGGAAGGCUCACUGCAUUCGGAAGUCCAACAGGACAGUGGUAACUGAGAGGAUCUGUGAGUUUUUUUCACAGAGGCCAGCUGUUGAGCAGGCUUGCCUCAUUCCCUGUCCACACGACUGUGUGGUGUCGGAGUUUUCUCCCUGGUCUGACUGCAGCAAGACGUGUGGAACGGGGUUACAGCACCGCACGCGGGCUGUGCUGGCUACGCCUGUGUACGGGGGUGCAAACUGUCCUAACUUGACGGAGACGAGGACCUGCAGCAAUCAGCUCUCUUGCUCUGUUGGAGAGGAUGAGUUCCGAUACAGCCUUAAGGUUGGGCCAUGGAGUGAAUGCAGACUCCCUCGUCAGAAGGAGGCCAGGCUGAGUGGAAGGACCAUGCUGGAUUUCAGCACUGAAUCUGCAGAGAAGAGCUCUGUGAAGCUGCAAGUGCAGAGCACUCGCCAUCAUCAUCAUCACCACUCAAAGUCCUGGGACAUAGAGAUAGGAUACCAGACCAGACAGGUCAGGUGCACAAGAAGUGAUGGCAAGAACGCAAUGCUAAGUCUUUGCAUUCAGGACAGUUCCCCCGUGACCUUUCAGUCGUGCGUUAUGCCCAGACCCUGCGAGACCUCGGACUGGUCUUCGUGGAGCCCCUGUUCCAAGAUGUGUCGAUCGGUGGACUUGUCUCCUGGCUACAGGACAAGGACUCGCAGCCUGAAGCGCAUCCCCGUUGGUGGAGGAAGGGAGUGCCCAGUUCUUGAAGAAAGGGAGGCCUGUAACAUCAUUGCAGACUUCCUGCCGAAGUGCCCCAGGUAUAUGUGGAAGGUCACUGAGUGGGGUGAAUGUCAGGUGACCCCCCUUCUCAGCCAGCAGGACCAGCGCCUCAGCAAUCUGACUGCACUCUGUGGGGGAGGGAUUCAGAUGAGAGAAACCUACUGUGUACAGAUCCCAGAUGACACAGCUUCACAUAAAGUGAAAGAAGUAUCUAGGCCUGUGAAUGGGAACCUGUGUCCAGGGCCUGUGCCUCCCGCUGUCCAGCAGUGCUCUGUUCCCUGUGCAGAGGAGUGUCUGGUCUCUGCCUGGAGUCCCUGGGGCCUGUGCAUGUAUGAGAACUGCUUGGAACCAAUUGGGAGAAGAGGCUUCAGGCAGAGAUGGCGCCGGGUGCUCCGAGACCCCUCCGGUACAUUUGGUAGUUGUCCGCACUUAGUGGAGUCCGUCCCGUGUGAGGACCCUGCCUGUUUCUGGUGGCACGAGGUCGAGAAAGGGCUCUGCGUUCCCAGUGAAGGAACUUGUGGUCCGGGGAUACGGGCACAGAAACUAUUGUGUCAGGACUCUCAAGGUGAGGCUGUUCCCAGCGAGCAGUGUUUGGACGUCCCUCCACCUUCUCAGCUGCCCUGCGAAGUGCCCUGUCCCUCGGACUGCGUUCUCAGCUCCUGGUCAGCGUGGUCAGCCUGCUCCCAUUCCUGCUCCAGCAAAAGCACAGAAGGCAGGCAGAGCAGAACGAGAACGGUGCUAGCACUGCCAGGGCCAGAGGGAGAACCAUGCCCAGCGGCUGUGGCCCUGGAAGAGUGGAGGCUGUGUAAUGACCACCCAUGCUCUGCUUUUUACUGGGAAGUUUCAUCCUGGGGAGACUGCAUUGAAGACUCCUCUGUGACCAACCUAAAUGCUACCAAUAACUGGAAUGGCAGACCAGCCUGUGCGAUUGGUGUUCAGACUCGCAAGGUCACCUGCAUGAAAGUCAAUAUCGGGCAAGUUACACCCAAAAGGUGUCCAGAUUCAACGCGGCCAGACGCAAUUCGCCCAUGUUUGUUACCCUGCAGGAAGGAUUGCACUGUGACACCUUUCAGCGAAUGGACUCCAUGCCCUACUGCAUGCCAACCAGCCAAUGCAACUGCACCUAAACAGUCCCGCUACAGGAUUGUUAUCCAGAAAUCAGCCAAUGGGGGGCAGGAAUGUCCUGAUACUCUACACGAGGAAAGGGAGUGUGAGCCUCUUCCUCUUUGUCCGACCUACAGGUGGAUUAUCCACAAGUGGCAACAGUGCACAAUUGUGCCAGACUCAGUCCGACAAGGAAUAACUGGAGUUGGGGAGUCAUGUGGGCGAGGUCUAGAGGCGAGAGGUGUGACGUGUGUGAGAGAUGACGGAGAAGAUGGCGAUGUGACCGAAUGCUUGCAGUGGGCUGGCACCAUGCCCCUGCAGGUUAGGGAGUGUAGAGUACCCUGCAGAGAUGACUGCACCUUCACCAGCUGGUCAAAAUUCACUCUCUGCACAGGCUGUGGAGCUAUGCGCAGCCGCAAGCGAGCUCUUGCUGGCCGAAGUAAAAAAAAGGAAAAGUGCCAGAAAACUGAACCAUAUCCUCUGGUUGAAGUGGAGCCUUGCCCUUGUGAUAAGUUUCAGUCUCGGCCUUUCGGGAACUGGUCAGACUGCAUCCUUGCUGACAGCAAGACAGAGUCUUUCCUAGGAUGGAGCAUCCACAGAGAGAUUAAAGAGUGUGGCCAGGGGGUUCGCUACAGAGCCAUUGUCUGUACGGACCAGGAGGACAGGCUUGUGGACCCCUUUCUGUGCAGCCCUUCAGGGUACAUUGAGGAGUCCUGUCAUAUCCCCUGCCCAUUUGACUGCAAGCUGAGUGACUGGUCAAGCUGGUCAGUCUGCAGCUCUCAGUGUGGGAGUGGGAUCAAGAUGCGGUCCAGAUGGCUCAGAGAGAAGCCCUUCAGUGGUGGCCGGCCCUGUCCAAAACUGGAUCUCAAGAAUCAGGCUCAGGUGUAUGAGGCAGUCCCAUGUUAUAACCACUGCAGUCAGUAUGUCUGGAAAACUGAGGCUUGGUCAGUAUGUACAAUUAACACUGUGGACAAGGCUCCAGAUUGUGGAGAAGGUGUACAAAGCAGAAAAAUCAGGUGUGUGAAGACAGUGGGUGAAGGCCCAGGAGUGGCUGUGGACGAUGCUCUGUGUGACCAGGAGGAGAUGCCUGUCAGGGCUCAGACCUGCUUCCUGCCAUGUCCGGAAGACUGUGUGAUGUCUGCUUGGGGACAGUGGAGCACAUGUCCAUCCCCCUGUGACCAGAAAAUGAUCAGACAAAAGACCAGGAGAGUGUUGAGACCUCCACAGGCUGGAAGAUCCUGCCCAGAGGACACAGAGACAGAGCCCUGCCUUCUCAACACAAACUGCUUCACCUACCAGUACAAUGUCUCAGAAUGGAGCACUUGUCAGCUGAGUGAGAAUGCCGUCUGUGGGGAGGGAGUCCGAUUCCGCCUGCUGGAUUGUGUACGGAGUGAUCGGAAGGUGGUGGAAUUAAGAAAUUGUGAGCAGCUAGGAUUGGUGAAUAAAUGGAGACUGACCACUCACUGCCUGGUGGACUGUCCACUUAACUGCCUUCUGUCAGACUGGUCAUCUUGGGCAGAGUGCUCUCACACUUGUGGUGACCAAGGCCUGAUGGCGCGGACUCGCAGUGUCAUACAGCAAGCCCAUGAUGAGGGGAGGCCCUGUCCUGCUCAGCUAACUCAGGUCAAACCCUGUCCCAUUAGGCCGUGCUUCUCCUGGCUGAAGGGAGAAUGGUCCCAGUGCCGAGUGGAGGGUGCAGACUGCGGCGAAGGAGUUCGAGAAAGGAACCUGACCUGUGUGGUUCAUAGAGGCUCCCUGUCUGACUUGUCUUCUGCUGAACAUGUGGAAGAGGAGAAGUGUGAGGGCAGGCCUGUGACGGUGAGCGGACAGGGACUUCAAGUGCCUUGCUCUGUCCCCUGUCCAGGUGAUUGCCACUUGACAGAGUGGUCACUGUGGAGCUCCUGCCAGCUGACCUGCCUGGAUGGGAGGAGUUUUGAGACGACUGGCCGCCAGGCUCGCUCAAGAGCUGUGAUCAUUCAGGCUGUGGAGAACCAGGACAGCUGCCCACACCAGGUCUUUGAAACAAGACCUUGUAAAGGAGGAAAAUGCCACAGCUACGAGUGGAGGACCAGUCCCUGGAGAGACAACGUUCGCUCAGUCUGGUGUCAGCGCUCGGAUGGUGUUAACGUGACAGGAGGGUGUUUCCUUCAGACCCGUCCAGCGACUAUCAGGCACUGCCACCCUCCCUGCACCAAGCCCUUCUCCCACUGCACUCAGAGUGGUGUCUGUGGGUGUGAGAAGGGCUACACAGAAGUCAUGACAGCAUAUGGCUUCCUUGAUUAUUGCACCAAAACUCCAGGAGCAGAUAACAAGAAAGCAGAUGUCAAAACAAGUGCCGGGAAGUUCAAACCUGGGACUUCAAACAUUCAGGACUUCUUCAAGGAAUGGUCUAUUCAGCCUUUUGGACCAGAUGGACGAAUAAAGAUCUGGGUCUAUGGAGUGACAGCAGUUGGAUUUGUGCUUAUUAUGUUCAUUAUUGCCAUGUCUUUUCUGGUGUGCAAAAAGCCUAAACAGAACACAAGUGCAACUCCACAGCAGAAGCCUCUGACCCUAGCCUAUGAUGGAGACCUGGAUAUGUGAUCGAUUGGUUCCAUACAGAAGCCUGAACAUCACGACCUCAAGAACAGUUCUAACUAGUUGAGUAAAUGCACAAAAUCCCAAGAAAACAAGCAGACAUUUUAAAAAAAUUAUGCAACAUUUUUCAAUGAACAAAGGAUUUUUACUAAAAUUGAAGGGAUACUCUUUCUUUGCAGUUGAGCUGUGUCCAUUAAAAGACAUUAUUAUAUUUUCAACCAGUGUACAAAACAGUUGUUUUUUAUAGUUUCAUUUUAUGGUAAGUAAAACUUUGUAUACCAAAUCAUGAGGACAAGCUUUUGAAUCAGCAAACACAGACAUUAUACUGGCAUUCACAGGUGGUAACAGGACUUGUCAGUCCUUGUUCCUAUACAGGUGGAGUCGUCUAACAUUUGCCUUAGAUGAAUUUAGAAGAGGGAAAAUAAGGCUGUCAAAGGCACUGUGUCACUGUGGCGUUAAUGUGUAUAACAAGAAACAAACAAAAAUAUACACAAGCUAGGAAAGUUUAAACAACAAGCCGAGCUGAAGUGUGUCAUUAUGCACUAUAUUAGUGCUUGUUCAUUUUUUCUUUUCAGAUCAAACUACCAGUUUUCUAGUGUUUACAUUGUAAUGCAAGGAAAUUUGCUGUGAAACUGUGUUUUCAAUGAUAACUUUUUAGGUUGUGUCUGUACUUCUGGUUCCUAAUCCCAAAAUGCCAAAACCAGGCCUGCUGGUGUCUUCUCAUGAAAUGUGUUACUAGUGUGCUAAAUAAUGUACAGGUGAAAGGAAGGACAGUGGGCAAUCCCAUCUAUCACAAGUAAGAAUGAUCCUAGGAUGUUUUGUAGUUGAUGAAUUCGCAGUCUCCCCUUACAGUAGAUCCAGGAGCAGAACAGGAAGUAAAGAUAGCUUGCUGUUUGUCAGAUCUAAGUACAACUACUUUCUUCUGAAGUAAAAUCCACAAUAUACCAGCUUCUGUGUGUAAAUCUCUGAAGCACAAAUAUAUCCAUAUCUCUCAUAACCAUCCCUUUUCUUAUAUUUAAUGAGGCAACUACCUAAAUGCAUUACUGUGAUAGAAAGGGCUCAUUUUGCCAUUAAAGAGUACUUUUGAUUCCGAAAUCCUAAUCUGAUUUCUAGGCAAAGUCCCAACUAGAUUUAACUGAUAUUUCAGAUUUUCUUUUUUUUAUUUUUCAGUUUUGCCUUAAAUUUAACUAAAUUUAACUAAAUAUCUAACUAAAAUGAAAAGCAGAUGCUGCAUUUGCAGAUAAGCUGUAUUUGGUAAACAAAAACUAGCAAUGGACUUAGGAUUGUAUAACAUACUGUAUUCAACAUACUGUACAGUAUGUUAGAUUCCCUACAUAGAAUGUUUCAGCCACUUUUGUGUCUGAAGUAGAGAUGUAUUGUGAAUUUUACGUGAUACAUGUCAGUUUCAUAUUUACAGUAUUGAAUUCAAUUAUAAUUAUGCAUAGGAGAGAGACAAAAUGAGAAAAUCUUAAAAAAUGUUUGAUACCACAAGUAAUUGCUGCCCUAUCAAAAUACCUUUGCUUUAAAAUAAUAUGUUUUAAAGAUCUUGCUCUCCAAAGUGACAAAUACAAUUUCUGAAUCCUGAAUCCUGAAUACAGAUGAGAUAUCAGUGCAAUUCCUUUUUCCCCAACCUGAAUAUGAGGAGAUCAUGGUCGUUGAAAGAUUUUCAUCAGUUUGUGUAACAGGGCCUGUAACUUCAAUCUUCCAGGCUGAAGUUUUCUGCUUUCUAGAGAAGGCUAUUACCUGGAAUAUUUUCUGUCUAGUGGAGUAGAAAAUUGUUCCUGAAACCACAGUGUCCACCAUGAGGUGAUUUACUGUUCAGUCAGCUCCUAUUUUCUGUAAGAAUCUUUGCUUGCACAAACCUGUAGAUUUACCAAACAGACUAUUUGCAUGUUCUUCAAAAAUGCACAAGAAGACAUUCAAGGCUUUGCAAGUGGUUACUUGAUUCCCAAAAUACAGAAUGUUAUUGAUUUCCGACCAUGGCACCUACUAAAUGUGUACACAUGCAUAACACUGCAUAACACUGAAUUUACUGACUCCUUUGGUUUAGCAACAGAGCAUGUACUAUUGUAGUGUGGGAGAUAUAUUUUUGCAAUCAAUAAAGAUACAUCAUAUACAGUAACAUAACAUUUAAAUACAUGUGAACUGCUAUCCUUUAGUCUUUACGAUAUUUACCAACACAAAAGUCAGUCCAUCUACAAUUGGAACCUUAUGCUUCUGUGGUUAUAAUCAGCGAAAAGAGUUUGUACAUUUGAUUAACUUACAGCUUUUACAUUAUAUAAUUCUACAGAUGCUAUACUAUAUGAAGUCACCUACCAAAGUUACUGAAAACCUGCCAGCCACAGAUAAAAUAUACAAAAUAUACAAAACAUCAUUCUCCAUUCCAAAAGUAAAGUUUUAUUUAGUAAAGUGAUUUUUCUGAGAAGCUGGUAUUAUGGGGAUCAUUUCCACUCAAAUCUUUGCUCUUGAGAAAGUCAUGAGUACAUACAAAUGUGGGCUAAUGGGCUGGAUGGUACUGAGAAGAGUUUGGAGACCAGGGAAGAGUAGAGUCAUAUUUUCUUUUGAGAAAGUUGAGAAUGAUUUGUACAUAUUAAUAGCUUUUGUUGACUAUUCCUCUUUUAGCUAUGUUUUGACAUCCAGUUUAUACCGAUCCAUUUCCAAUAUAUAGGCUUAUUUUGAUUGGUCUGUUGAAAUAUGAAAAACAAAAAAAAUCAAUGAAUGUUUCAGAAGUCUCCAUGUUCUAAAGAUUGUUACAGUAAUAUUUUUUUCUUUUUUCCUAUGAUAGUCAAUUUGCUUUUUCAAGUCAGUUUGUGAUACAUAUCACAUGCAUAAGUACAUCUUUAAAUUAGAAUGUAUUUACAGUAUAUUCAUCAUUUAUAGGUUUAUUAUUGUUAUUCUCUGUUAAGCUACAAUAAACAAUUUUGCUUUACUGGUAAACCAAGGUAAUCAGUUAUCAGUUCUCUGUGUGUAAUAAUUCUAAAGAUCAUUUUUAAUUUCAACUAUAUCCAAAUGUGGCCUUGCAGUUGUACUGUAUGUUUUCUUUAGAACAUUUUCUUCCAUUCUUAAACAUUUGUUUUAUUGAAUGUUUCAGUGUAUACACUCUUAGGGAAAUUGUGAAAGCGAUUCUGAAGCUUUUGAGCUUCAUUGUAAUUCUGUCCUCACAACCUGAGUUCAUUAGGUUUACAGUGCAUCUUCCAAAAAGGUUUGUUAAGUCUCUCUGGACACUGAGUAGCCUGGAAAUUUUAUGGGUGAUUUCUUUUGUUACUGUAAAAUUUAUGUUACAACUGUGUGUACUUAAAUGAAUGCAUUAUAGAAAAAAAAUGCAAAUAAAUUGUGAUACU